AUGUCAGUUUCCAAAGUCCUCACCAUCCAUUAUGGCCAGUUGCAAAAGAACCCAGCUCCAUUAUGUUUCGCAGAGCCCAAAGAUCCAAGUACGAAUAUGCUUCAUUGGACGGGAUGGAUCGAGGGACCUCCAGACACGCCGUUUUCCGGUGGUAGAUUUCAUUUUGUAAUUGACUUUUCAGUAGAGUUUCCUUUCAAACCUCCUGCUGUACGAUUUACUACGCAAAUUUUUCAUCCGAAUAUAAGUACAAGCGGAGAAAUCUGCUUGGACAUUCUGCACUCUCAGUGGUCACCAGCUUUGACGAUCCGCGGUCUUCUGAUCUCGGUAUGUUCAUUGCUGACCGAUCCGAAUCCAGAACAUGGAUUGAAUAAAGAAGCGUUGAAACUCUUUCGAACAGAUCGCCAGACGUACGACCAAUUGGCGAAACAAUGGACAGAACUAUACGCGAAAUGA